CAGACAUGUUGCUUUUAUUUUUCAAUAAAAACCAGUAACCUCUUUGAGAACCCUACCCUGCCUUUCUUUAUUCAUCACUUCUCCCUCAUGGAAAAUCCAUUUAAUUUGUUUUUACUCACUGUCUUCAUAUCAACUACUGCAGCAGCAGCAUCAGACCAGAUUACUAACAUUUUUGGAGCCAAUCAUAGUUUCUUCUUAUUUCCAAGAAACUUCUUAUUUGGAACUGCAUCAUCUUCUUAUCAGUUUGAAGGAGCUUACCUUGCAGAUGGGAAAGGCCUUAGUAAUUGGGAUAUUUUUUCACACGAACCUGGCAAUAUUGUUGACGGUUCUAAUGGAGACGUCGCGGUUGAUCAUUACCAUCGUUAUCAUAAAGAUGUUGAGCUUAUGGAAUACAUAGGAAUAAAUACUUUCCGUUUCUCCAUAUCAUGGGCUAGAAUUCUACCUAAGGGAAGAUUUGGAAAUGUGAACAUUGCUGGAAUAAAGCACUAUGAUAAGCUCAUCAAUGCUCUUAUAGAAAAAGGAAUCCAACCAUUUGUGUCAUUGACUCAUUAUGAUAUACCUCAGGAACUUGAAGAUAGAUAUGGUGGUUGGCUAAGUCCGCAAAUUCGGGAAGAUUUUGCAUACUAUGCAUCUAUAUGUUUCAAACACUAUGGGGACCGGGUCAAGUAUUGGGUGACUUUAAAUGAACCGAAUGUCGUUGCUAUUCGUGGCUAUAGAUCAGGGAUUUACCCGCCAGCAAGAUGCUCUGCUACUUUCGGAAAUUGUAGCUCUGGAGAUUCUGAGAGGGAACCAUUUAUUGCAGCUCAUAACAUGAUUUUAGCUCAUGCUGCAGCAGUCAACCUUUAUCGGGCCAAAUAUCAGGGUGAACAAAAGGGCAGUAUUGGAAUUGCAAUGAAUACUGUAUGGUAUGAACCCAUCAGUAACUCCUCACAAGACAAACAAGCUGCUCAAAGAGCGCAAUCCUUCUAUAUGAAUUGGUUUUUGGACCCAAUAAUGUUUGGAAAAUAUCCCGAAGAAAUGGAAAAUAUAUUAGGAUCUUUACUGCCGGAAUUCAGUGAUGAUCGUUUGCAGAACGGAUUAGACUUCAUUGGUAUUAAUCAUUAUACAAGUUUCUACGUAAAAGACUGUUUAUACUCGACAUGUGUACAAGGACCUUGCAUUUCAAAGACGGAGGGUUAUUAUCUCAGAACUGCAACCAAAAACAAUAUUCCAAUUGGAGAACCGACUGAAGUGGACUGGAUUUAUGUUUAUCCUCAAGGAAUGGAGAAGAUGGUGACUUAUCUUAAGAAUAGAUACAAUAAUACGCCAAUGUUCAUCACAGAGAAUGGUUUUGGUGAGAUGCAUCAGGCUGGUUCAAGCAUCAAUAGUUUCCUCAAUGAUGAUAAACGAGCAGAAUACAUGAAGUGCUACUUGGAUUCCCUUGUUUCUGCGAUAAGGAAAGGAGCGGAUGUUAGAGGUUACAUUGUUUGGUCGUUAUUGGACAACUUUGAGUGGUCAUCUGGAUACACGACGAGAUUUGGGCUUUACCAUGUUGAUUACACAACCCUCAAACGGACACCAAAAUCAUCAGCUCAAUGGUACAAACAAUUCAUUUUAAACUUUACAAGCUUUGAAGCAGUAAAUCGUAGCACGUCAUGAACCAAGUUCCUAUUGUAUGAUAUAACUCUACGAGCUUUGAUCAAAGCAGUAAAUCAUAGCACGUCAUGAAGCGAGUUCAUAUUGUGUGUUAUCAUUUUACAAGCUUUAAAGCACUAAAUCGUAGCACGUCAUGAACCAAGUUCAUAUUGUAUGAUGUUUGAAAGUAGCAUGCAAUUGCUUGUAGCAAUGAAAGCUCUAUGUGUACUCCAUGGAUGAAAAAAAUGUAUGAGAGUAUUUAAGAACCAAGCUUGAUAUGUUGGCAUGUUGCUAAUGUGCCUCAUUGUUGAGUGAAUUUGUAGUAUGAUAUUAUAAUUGGACAAAAAUUUAACAAGGAAUUUGGGGUUUGAGUUUAA